GGAAGCGCUCCAAUGAACCAGGCUGAAGGUACAGGAAAUUCCUCCAUUCCCUGUUGGGCUCGGGGAGCUGCGUCUGGAACCGGGUGAGGAAGACCCUGCAGUGAGUUCGGGGACCUGGAAAUUCCACAAAGCCGCAGUCGCCGAGCGGGGCGGCCUGGGAAAGUCAGCAGUCAGCAGCGCAGUGGUGGGAACCACAGCCCGGCGGCCCUGGAACCUCCCAGGGUUUGUUGACAUAUAGUGCUGUGACUGGAAUCCUUGUAAGAGUGGUAAUGCCUCGAGUUUCCUCACAGGGUCUUUUGCAGAAAUCUGUUGGAGAAGUACAACACUCUGGAUUCUGAGGGUCUCAGUUACUCCUGCUCACCUGCAGAACCAAGAGCCCUGGAUGGUGAAGAGAGUGGAGACUAUAGCAAAGGAUCCAGCAAGGAUUCCCAUCUUGGUUCCACACACAGAAACUCAGAGGAGAGCAACAAGAAGAAUGAGUGUUUUUCAGAUAAAUACUCCUGAGAGUCUGUUAACAUUCAGGGAUGUGGCUGUGGAUCUCUCGCAGGAGGAAUGGGAAUGUCUUGAUUGUACUCAGAGGGCAUUGUACUUGGAUGUUAUGUUGGAGAAUUAUAACAAUCUAGUCUUUGUAGGGAACCAUUGCAUAUGCUAUAAUAAUGAGAAAGUCUUGGAUCAAAGCUCAGAGCACAUUGUCCAUCCGCAAGUAUAUACCAAAGUGAAUCCUUAUAAAUACAAUGAGCCUGACAAAGGAAUUCAUGAAUUCUGCAAAUAUAAUCAUAAUGCUAGGGCUGAAACAAAAAUCUACAACAAGUACAUAUUUGGUAACCACCAAGACUCUUCUGUUGAAUCGUUACACUUAUACAGCCAUAAAUGUGGAAACCCUGAAGAAGAAGCUUGCAAAGUUAAUGGUUGUGUAAACUGUUUAAAUUUGUGUUUCAUCAUUAGUCAGAAUCAAAGAAUACACACAGGACAAAAAGAACACAAAAAUACAGAGAAUGAUAAAUCUUUUGACCCUAAGCAUGAACUCAUGCUAAAAAGAACGAAUAGUGUGAAGAAACCUCAACAAAGCCAUAAAUGCUUCAAGACAGACUCAAGCCUUAGUAGAUAUCAGAGAGGUCAUAAUAAACAGAAAUUCUAUAAAUGUACACAAUGUAGUAAAUCCUUUCUACAUUUGUCACAAAUCAAAGUACACUGCAAGUUCCAUUGUGGAGAAAAAACCUACAGUACAGAGUGUUCUAAGUGCUUUUCUCAUACAUCAGAAUUUAAAAGACAUUGCAAAUUGCAUUCUGGAGAGAAUACCUACGAAUAUAGUGAAUGUGACAAAUUCUCUAUCAGUACCUCAGAACAUGGAAUGCAUCAGAAAAUUCUUACUGGAGAGAAACCUUACCAAUGUAGUGAAUGUGACAAAUCCUUUACCAAGAAAGACCAUUUUAGAACUCAUCAGAGAAUUCAUAGACAAAAGGAUCCAUAUAAAUGUAAUGAAUGCCACAAAUUCUUUACCCAGAAAAGCAGUCUUAGAACACAUCAGAGAAUCCAUAUAGGAAAGAAGCCCUAUAAAUGUAGUGAAUGUGACAAAUCCUUUACCCAGAGAGGCCAUCUUACUAAUCAUCAGAGAGUUCAUACAGGAGAGAAACCUUACAAAUGUAAUGGAUGUGACAAAUCCUUUACCAAGAAAGACCAUCUUAGAAUUCAUUACAGAAUUCAUACCGGAGAGAAACCAUAUAAAUGUAAUGAAUGUGAGAAGUCCUUUACCCAGAAGAGCAGUCUUAGAACUCAUCAGAGACUUCAUAUGGGAGAGAAACCUUACAAAUGUAGUGAAUGUGAUACAUGCUUUACCCAGAUAGGCCACCUUAGAAUUCAUCAGAGAAUUCAUACAGGAGUGAAACCUUACAAAUGUAGUGAAUGUGAUAAAUCCUUUACCACAAAAGACCACCUUAGAAUUCAUGAACGACUUCAUACAGGAGAGAAACCUUAUAAAUGUAGUGCAUGUUACAAAUCCUUUAUCAGUUGCUCAAAUCUUAGAAAACAUCAGCGAAUUCAUAUAGAAGAGAAAUCUUACAAAUAUAGUCAAUGCAAAAACUCAUUUCCCACAGAAAUCACCCUGAGAACACAUCAAAGAAUUUAUACAGGAGAGAAACUUUAUAAUGUAACAUAUGAGGAAAACCCUUUUUUGUCUCUCAAGUCUACAGAAACAUCUGAAAAUUCACAAAGGGGAGAAAAGUUUCCAUAGCAAAUAUUGUGGCAUACUCUUUAUACUCUGCCUUAGCAAUACUUUUGAAAGUAUGAAUACUUUAUUCAUACUCUGCCUCAGCAAAACCUGAAGGAUGUACUGGUAUAUGGCAAUUUCUUGGAGACUGUAUUGAUCCAUAUUGGAUGAGAGCUGACUAAGAUAGGAAAUAGACACCUCAAAAUAACUUCCAAGAAAUUCCUGAAACUGACAGGAUUCAGUAUGCUUAACUCAAAUGGAAAAACUCAGAUCAUACUGCUCAAAUUUGACAAAAUGAUCCACCAAGAUAGUAUGCUCUUUAACUUGAAGAUAUGCCUACAGGUGUACAGUGUGCUCCAGGGUCCUUAAUUUUUAUGCUGUAUCCCAUGCUGAUUUGAAGCUUCAUGGUUACAACUGUCUUUGAGUCCUUUGUAGUGCAAUAAACAUCACUUUCUGAUAUUCCUCUAACCCCAAAAUAAAGCUGAUUGGUUCAACAA